AAACAAUGUGGGGGGCGGGGCGGGGUUUUAUCGCUUUUUUUGAGCCUCAUCACAAUCACCGUUGUUUGAAGAAUUCCAACAAUACUUGCGAAAGCAAAAAAUAAAUACUGGAACUAUAUUAUAUCGAUAUCAUAAGCACCGUGGACUCAGCGUUUCCUGCUGGUUGUUUCCAUUACGAGAGAGGGAAGCAAAAACAUUGCCGAUCGCAGAGAGUUUGAUUGACUGGUCGUCCAUCCAGUGAGCAUGGAGGCAGGAGAAGACCAGACCAACUCCAGCUCAGCCAAUAGCAGUGCACCAUCAGGGGGAAACUCCCGCCCUCCUCAGAUAGCUCAAAUGUCUCUGUAUGAAAGGCAAGCCGUGCAGGCACUGCAGGCAUUACAGAGGCAGCCCAAUGCAGCUCAGUACUUCCAGCAACUGAUGCUGCAGCAGCAGAUCAACAGUGCUCAACUCCAUAACCUGGCUGCUGUGCAACAGGCAACUCUUGCAGCCAGUCGUCAGUCCAGCUCUCCCAGUAACAGUGUCUCUCAAGCUACAAGUUCAGCACAGUGCACAGUCAACUUAAGUACAACAUCUGGUGGAGGGACCAUGACAAACCCCCGUCCAGUGGGACCUGCCACCUCUGCAGCCUCAACAGCCCUUAGCCAGUCAGUUUUGCUGGGUGGAAACUCGGCUGGACAGGGUCAGAUGUACCUGAGAGUAAACCGCUCUCUCAGGGCACCUCUCACUCCUCAGCUCAUUUUCAUGCCUGGUGGUACGGCGACAGCUGCUGUGGCAACGGUUGCCCAACAGCAGCCCCAGCAGCAGCAGCAACAGGAAACAGCUCCCACAUCCUCAAGUAACCAGUCAGACAAUGAUCAGGUGCAGAACUUGGCAAUGCGUUGCGUGUCCACUCCAAGGGUAACUACUGUGAAGACAGAGUUUGCAGACAGGAAGGAGACAAGUGGUUCAUUCCCACUUAACCAGCAAACUCAGACUCAGCAGCAGUUUGGUCAGUCAGCCCAGCAGAUCCAACCACAGACUCAACCGCUCGCCAACACCAAACUGCAAAACUGCUCCAACACCACCAAUCCCAGCAUGCCUGGUCUCAACAUGAAGGGCUCUAACCAAUCCGCUGUCACCCCACAGCAAGCUGGAGGUUCCUCCAAUCCUCCAUCCUCCUCGCCUUCCCCCUCGCUCCCUCUCUCCCAGCUCCUUCUUUCUCAAUCUGGCUUGUGCCAAGCUCGAGGAGUACCAGCUGCUACAGCCACCGUUACCCACAUCCUGGUGCCCACCUCCAAUGUUCCUACAUCUUCUCAAGGCUAUCCGAUGGGCACGGUGGCAAACAAAUCUAACAUGACUGCCCAGACAUUAGUGGUGCAGCCACUCCAGCAGACGGGGGCGAAUCUGAGCACUGAAAAACUGGGUCAUGGAACGGGACAUGUACCCAUUCAACCUAAAACGGCUCAGGGGCAUCGGCUGCCCGUGCAGAUGCCCCCUCGCCACCCACCUCCCAUUCUCCCAGCACCACCCAGCAAUGGCCAGGCCACUGGAUGCCAUCACCCUCCCCAUGUCCCAGUUCAGCUGGUCGGAGCGAGGCAGAGCACACUAGGAAACUCCCAGGCUUUAGCAGUGGCCCAGGCUCGGACCUGUUGUGCCCAGCAGGACGCUACGGCUGUCGUACCCGUCAAUAACUCUGGUAGCAAUGUUGUUACAAUGGUAACUGCUGUGGAAACAGGUGGAGCCGGCAUGUGCCUUAAAACAGCCCAAAGUGCCCUCCCAAUGUCUCAGACGCAAACCAAUCAGAGCCCAGCGUUGAGUCAGGGUAAUCCUGCUUCGGUCACACACUCGAUGGAUGGACAGAAUAACUCUGGAGAUUCUGUUUUCAUUCAAUCUGGACCAGCUCAGACGAAGCCUGGGAUCGGUCCAUUAAAAAGGAAAUCUGAAUCAGAUUUAUCCCAUGAGAUGUCAGCCGAGGCCAUCAAUGCAAGUCCGUCAAUGCAAGACUCCGCUCCUCCUCUCUCACCAGCUCCCUCACUAGAUACAGUCCCAGAGAUGGCGUUCUCCUCUCCUCCUACUCUCUCUCUUUCUCUCCCUCUCCCUCGUGGAGGAGGACAGGGUGAUCGAGCACCUGUCCCACAGGCUGUGGUCAAACCUCAGGUCCUCACUCACCUCAUUGAGGGCUUUGUUAUCCAGGAGGGAGCCGAACCUUUCCCUGUGACUGGGCCAUUGAAAGAACUUCCUGUGGCUGUUCCACCCAUCCUACAUCCAGAGAACAUCCGCUCUGAUAAAUUGAAGUGUGAAUACUGUCUAAGAUUUGCACCGGCCAGCCAGUUCAGACGAUCAAAGCGCUUCUGUUCCAAAACCUGUGCCAAGAGGUACAAUGUCAGCUGCAGUAACCAUUACCGUGUUAGUAGGGGUCUUGAGGGUGUCGAACGGCCACCAGGGGGCCCUGUUGUGCAGGACGUUAUUGCUAGACGCAGGGGUCCUCGCAGAAGCAGCUCUGAGAUCGCCUGUGCUAAAAUAACAGGCAGGCAUCUUCCUGUAAAGUGUCGUUCAGAAUCUAGUCGUUCUGAGGACAUCUCCAGCUGUGAGGGUGAGGAAGAGGAAGACUUCUUGUCACUCUCUCCCAGCUCAUCCUUCUCAUGCCCAAGACCAACCCACUGUGGCCCUCAGUUGGAUGACACGGCACCAAGUGGCCUCCCAGUGGAUGAGAACCACUUCCUAUCUGGCAACCCUGCUCACUGGAGUGUGGAGGAAGUGUGUCAGUUCAUUUCUUCUCUUCAAGGUUGUGAGGACCUGGCAUCCCAGUUCCUGUCACAGGAGAUUGAUGGCCAAGCGCUCAUGCUACUAAAGGAAGAGCAUCUUAUGUCCACCAUGAACAUCAAACUCGGUCCUGCCCUCAAAAUCUGUGCUUCUAUCAACAGCCUGAAGGAUUGAACGAGGGAUGGAGGGAGAGAAGUAGCAGGAUUAGAGCUUUAUACUUCUGUCACCAGCCUGGGAAACUGAAACUGAUGGGCAUGAAAAGACAUUGGAUUUUAUGACUGACCUAGAGAUUAAUCCAAAAAAAAAAAUAAAAACAGGGAAGAACAGGAAUGAAUGACAUGUGAAGGGGAAAACAAGUGAUGCCUUAUUAAAGCAAAUUAUUUACAGUAGUAUUUUUGUUUAGAUGUGAAAGUCUGGAUUAUUAAUGAUAUUGUUUUCAAUGAUGGCUAGAUUGGAACUGACUAGUUCUCUCUUUAAUUUGUCCUGUUUUCAAACAGUUCUACAAAGAAACUGAAAAAGAAAAAUAGCACAAAGAUAAUAAUGUAUAAUCUUUAAAUGACAGAAUCGAUUAGUUAGGAGGUGAUAAACAUAAUAUGUCUCAAUUCUGGAUUUUGAAUGUGCUACAUAUAUAAUAUCUGGGCUGUGUUUGAAUGAGCAUGUAAGCUUCACAUCUCUGAUUUGAAGCCCUCACUGUAAAUGUGUAGUCCUUUUGUGUUUGUCAGUUAUGUUAAAUAAUUAGUAAUCAAAGUAUGACUGAUAAUGCCAUUAGAGACAGUAAUCAAUGUUAUACCUGUAGUGCUUUUGACUAUCAGAGUCAAAGAUGUGAAUAAGUUGCCUUUCUAAAAAAAACAACAACAACAGUAUGUUGCCUCUGACAUCUGCAUCUUCCUUCAGGGCUUCCCUUAUUUUUCCCAAAAAAGUCAACUUGAGUGUCAUUUUACUACUUUUUUUUGGAAAGCCUGUUGUUUUUGGUUAAUCGGCACUCGAUUAAGGGAUUGUUGAUUGUCUUCAGUGUGCCAUUUAGGAGGUUAAUACAAUUAGAUUUCCAUACACUAUAUAACUCUGUCUGCUAUGAAACUGUAGAAAUGGUCAUUGCAGCCAUUGGUGAUUUCAUACUGCAGGUUUCUGUGUGUGCAUACCUGAUUCACUGCGUGUAAUGGUUCAGAAACUGUGAGAGAUGGAAAAUCUGUAGUUAUGUUCUCACUACACAGUAUUACUGAAUGGAAGUAGGUUUUGUUUCAUUUUAUAAAUCACAGACUGAAGGAAUGAUUGGAUAACUGAUCCUAGAACAAUAAAUUUUCUUUUUUUUCUACAGUAGAUGGUUAGGAAACUUUUCAUUUGUAUUAAAAAGUAGAAUCAUUAUUUUUGGGUACAGUUUACCAGCUUCAUAGACAAGUAUUAGUAGCUUUACCUGAGAGUCUUGCAGCACCGGUAUGAUGAGGUAGUGUGUAAAUGUUUAUGAGAGAGAGAGUGAGAGAGAGAGAGCGCCUAAGAAAGCUGUUUGCUGGCGCUCUAAACCUAUGGCUGAGUUUCUUUAUAUGCUUAAAUAUGAAUAAAGAAGGUGCUGUGACAUUCA